AGCUGAGCCCCCCUAAAAUGAAAAUCCUAAAGUCGCCCGUUUAAGAUGCGGAUCACCAUCUUGUAAAAAGGGUCCAUAGACUUUUCUUGAAAGGGACUUUGCUUUAACAUAAUAAAAAAGUAAAUAUUUAGUUGAACUAUCUUAAGGCAUUUGCAAGCAAUUCAUUAAUGCUUGCUGUAGCUUGACUCUUUAAGGGUCAUCACUAAAAAAGUAACAGCAAUAUGGUGUUAUGUUAUAUGUUUACAGUUUACUGCCAAAAUGCACAGUGACAUUUAUAUGCAUUCUUUUUUUAUCAAUCUUGUAACUAUUUAUAAUCGUCCAGAGUGUAUCUGAUAUAAGUGUGUUUUCCCAUGAGCUUCACAGUUUAGUCUUUAAAACUCAACUUUUGCAGAUGUUCGUUCUCUUGGUGUUUGCAUUUUCUCUAAAUUCCUCCGGACUUUUAUGUUGGAGUGGAGAUGUGACGUCAUAAAGCUGCGCCGCUCGCCUGCAUCUGUUUACAGACAGAAGUGUUGUGAACUUGUGAUUCUGCCUAAAAGAGAGCAAGAAGCGACUGAUUAUAAAGAUGGCGUUCAUUAAAGAGGAGAGCGAAGACGUGGAGAUUGAGGAAACACUGAACGUCAAACAGGAAGAAACUGAAGAGCAAAUAGACCUGAAGGUGCUUAAAGUGGAGAGCAAAGUUCUUGAUGAAGUGGAAGAGAAAUCAGAGUCUGAACAGACAGCAACUAUAAAUAACUUCGUCUGCCCACAGUGUGGAAAGAGUUUCGCAAAGAAAAGAAACCUUAAGGAGCACAUGAACAUUCAUAGUGGGAAGAAACCUUUCAGCUGCAAACAGUGCGGACGCAGGUUUGCUCAACGAGGAAACAUCAAGAGGCACAUGAUGGUUCACACCGGAGAGAAACCGUACGCGUGCAAACUGUGUGAGAAGAGCUUCACAACUGAACUAAACCUGAAGUAUCACAUCAGCAGUCACACCGGAGAGAAACCGUUCAUAUGUGGCGAUUGUGGAAAGACCUUUAGAUACAAAGCAACCUUUAAAAAACACAUGGCGUCUCACUUAAAGCAGAGCAGUUUUGAGUGUCAUCAGUGUGGACGCAGUUUCACAGACCAGGAAAGUCUUGGGAAUCAUGUCAAAACUCACACUGGAGAAAACCCAUUGAUGUGCGGUCACUGUGGAAAGACUUUCUCCAACAAAACAAACCUCCAGGUUCACACGAGAGUUCACACGGGGGAGAAGCCGUUCAGCUGCCCUCAGUGUGAAAAAAGCUUCAGAUUCAUUGGAAACCUUCAGACUCACCUGAGAGUUCACUCGGAAGAGAAACCUUUCACCUGCCCUUACUGUGAAAAAGGUUUCAGGUUUUUUGGAAACCUUCAGUCUCACGUUCGAAUUCACACCGAAGACAAGCCUUUCAUGUGUCUGCAGUGUGAUAAGAGUUACAAGAAUAAAAGAGACUUAAAGUGGCAUCAGCAAAGUCAUUCUGGAGAGACUUUGCCAUGUCCCUCAGUGUAACUGUCGUAAGAAUAAUGAAGAACACCUAAAGAUACACUUUAGAUAACCAUGUAUCCUUGAGACCAUGCUGGAAUUUUGGCCAGGAUGCUAGGGUUAAACUCAUAGCCACAGAACCACAGAAUAACCAUAGAACAUUUAACGUCUCAUCUGAAAGACAGUGCUCACUGAGCAGUAUAGACUCCCCGUCACUAUACUGGGGCAUUAGGACCUACACAGACCGCAGGUUCGGCGCCCAAUACUGGCUUCACUAACACCACUUCCGGCAGCAACCUAGCUUUCCCAUGUGGUCUCACAUCCAGGUCUUGACUGGGUGCAGCCCUGCUUAGCUUCAGAGGGCGACCACUUAAGAGUUGCAGAGAGUUAGCUGCCGGAUGUACAGUUCCGCUAGAGCUCAAUGCCACAGAUCUAAGUGAAAUUUCGAGAGGAUCAUGUGCCUAUGAUCGUUCAUGGCUGGUCCCGCAUCAGCUUAUGAUUGAUUCUCCAAUCAGAUAAUUCCUAAUUCACUAUAAAUAACCAGAGUUUUGUAUUUCAGUAUCUUUGUUUUAAAGAAUCCUCUUUACCCACCCCUACUCCCCUUCCUUUCUAGAUGGGUGCCAAGGUGACCCAAUGAUUAGCACUGCUGCCUCAAAGCAAGAAUGUCUCUGGUUAAAGUCCCUACUAAACCAGUUGACAUUUCUGUGCAGAGUUUGCUCAUUCUCCCCGUUCUUGCAUGGGUUUUCCCAGAGUUCGCAGUGAACAUACCAAAAUUGACACCAUAGUCAAGAUCUUAGCAAGCCGUAUAUCUCUGCUUAGCCAUCCUUAUAUCUGUCAUUAGCUAGAAAUAAGAAAUGCGUUUCUUCGAGAACCACCUGAGCUCAAACUCCCCUCUCGCCCUGCUAAUGGGUGGCAGCUCAGGGCUCAAGGAUCUCAUAAGCUAAGGACUCUCUUCCGGUACAGCAUGCCAAACUAGCUUCAUCGUCAGCUAAGUGUUUAGUCUUAAAAACAAGGUGUGGGAAGAUUGUCAACACGCCACAUAAAUGUAUACGCAAAGAAGGUGUACACUAUUAUUUCUGCUGUUGUACUGCUGCCAUGUUGAGGAGACACCGAGAGUUUCAUUGAGAAAGCAAAACUACAUUGUUUGUAAAAUAAAAUAUAGUGUUCUCGAAUCAAA